UGGAAUUAGCACCGUCCAACAAACACACCGCCUGCAUCUCUGAUCCACAUCCCGUUCUCCUCCGUUCCGCAUCUCUUGCGACCUCACCUCUAACCCACCACAAAAUGUCAGAUGCGCCAGAAAGCAUCGUCGAGUACGCCUACGACAACAUCACCGAAUGGUACCUGCAGUGGGUGGAGAAGCAGAAAUCCCCGCGAGAAACAUACACCAAGAAGCUCCUCGACGAGCUCCCGCCCUCCCCCUCGGUCCUCGACCUGGGCUGCGGCCCCGGCGUCCCCGUCCUGAAGAUGCUUCUCGACCGGGGCGCGCAGGUGGUUGCAAAUGACAUCUCGACCAAGCAGAUCGCCAUGGCGCGGGCGCGCUUCCCGACCGCGACGCUAGUGGCGGGCGACAUGACGGCACUGACGUUCGAGCCGGAGAGCUUCCACGGUGUGGUCAGCUUCUACACGCUGUUCCACCUGCCGCGGUCGAAGCUGAAGGCGAUGCUUACGAAGAUCCAUGGGUGGAUGAAGCCGGGGGGUGUGUUGGUCUUUAAUUUCGCUACUAUCGACGAGGAGGAGAUACACGGCGAGUUUAUGGGGUAUGGGAUGUUUUGGAGUAGUUUCGAUGUGCAAGGGAAUCGGGCAUUGUUGAAGGAUGUUGGGUUCGACUUGGUGCAGGUGGAAGUGUUGCAGGCGGGCGAUGGGAAAUUAGAGGAGGGGAAUCCAGACUUUGAUGCCGAGUUCAUGUGGGUGAUGGCACGGAAGAAGACAUCUGGAGUUGAAGGGUCUUCUACUUAACCGGGCAUGUUUCUACCUGGGUAGAUAUGUCCUCCAUAUGACACAAAAGAGAGUAAUUUUUGCUCUUUCCUCUUGGUCUCCAAACUAUUUCCCUCGAGUGAGCGUCCCAUAUGCGCGGCUACUAUGGGGGCAGUUGAGAGCCUGGUUGGCCGCCACGUCUCCUCUACAAAGAAAUGUCAAAACUGUUUGGUCAACAUUGUGCAUAGCAUCUAGACAUUCAAUAAAGCAACCUUGGAGGACUAAAAAGCCGCCUCUCUUUUUUUUGGUCCGUCGUCGAAACGGGCACGUUAGCAGCCAGCUGCUAACAAAUUAUGUUUGCUCUUCUGUCACCGCAUGUGAUCAUAAUGAUAUUGCUUACGCUCGAUGAUGCUUACUUCAAAGAGUUCCUCGCAUUUCUGCUGACGACCCUGAAACUUUUGUGGGCAUGGAAGGGACGACAGUUGACUUAGUGUGGCAUCAGGAAUAUUGUGAGCGGUCUGAUGGACUGGAGUUCACUAGAUUGACAGCGGUAGAGCUUUCGAACGACUUGGAGCAUCAACUAAUUAUCCAUUCACUUUGAUCUCUUCACUCACCCAGGUGCAUCUUAGUCAUGGCGUCGUUGCUAGUGCAGUUUCUCGUACUACUUGGAUGUCUGCCUUGUGCCUCCUCAAGGCUGCUUGGCUCAGGAUAGUAGGUCGGGAUAUCUUGUUUGGUUUGCCACUGGGGAGGACUUCCGAGUGGUGGUUCGCGUUCGCGUUCGCGUUUGCGAUAUCGGGGA